CGCCAUCGCGGGUUUUGACUUGUGGUUCCGUUUCAGAACCUAAAAGCUGUUCUUAGUAACGGCCUACUUGACUCCCACGGGUUGGCACCUAUGACUACAGUUAAAACGACUUUCCUACGAGGGGACGGGAUGGCACAACAGACAGCCCCCGACACUGCCUACAACCCGCCGGCGCCUAACGAGGACAUCGCAUGCAUGAUUUGCUUCCACCAAGGAGACAAAAUACCCCACAAUCACUACUAUUAUUCUGCCACGAAGUCCCAAACUACACAUUUCUUCUGGCCAAUGGCAACUGGAAAAAGCUAGGUAAGGCGAUCGAACCGGGCAGUCGUCUAACCAGAGUGUCAACCGCCGGCUAUUCCAGAGGAUGGGUUACGAGCGAGAUCAAUCACACUUCUUGCUGGUUCACGAAUGUCGCGAUGCUCACUGCGCCAAACAAUAUAUCGAACGCAUGCUUCUUCAUAUGGGUCUGCUUUAGUCGGCACACUAAUAUUGACUUUGAGUACGCUCCUCAACUCUACUAUCGCAGAUUCAAGCGCCCUAGAUGAUUCCCCCCCUUCAACGGGAGAACUUUAGCCUCCAGCAGGCCUCAACGUAUACCGCUGUCGGCCUUCUGUCAGU